AUGUGUUUGCUUUGUCAUGGAAGGAUCUCACUUGAUAAAGGAAAUCUUGAGAGAGCCAAUACUGGGAAGGAUUAUCAUGAAGAAAUAUUUCGUCGAUGUACAGAAGUAAUGACUGCCAUUAGAACAGUUCCAUUUCCUGUUAUUGCUCAGAUACAAGGUUUAGCUACUGCUGCUGGAUGUCAGUUGGCUGCAACAUGUGAUAUUGUUAUUGCAUCAGAGAAUUCAAAAUUUUCUACACCAGGAGCUUCUGUUGGCCUUUUCUGUUCAACACCAGGUAUUGCAGUGGCUCGUGCAGUACCGAGAAAAAUGUCAUCUUACAUGUUGUUUACUGGUCUUGCAAUAAAUGCCACUGGUAAUUUGCAUUAUAUAUGA